AUGCCGAUUAUUGCCUCAAUUGUUCUUGCAUGGCUCGCUGCCAGUCAGGUUUCUGCCUUGUCUCACACAGAAGCUGAUAGCUCUAUCACUUGGGGACCAUGCCCUGAAACCCUGCCCGCUCCAGGCUUGCAAUGUGCCAAACUCCUCGUCCCUCUGGACUGGGACCAUCCGGGUGGCGAAAAGAUUGAGUUGGGAAUGGCAAAGCUGCCUGCUCAAGAACCCGAAAACCGCAUCGGCAACCUCUUUAUCAACCCCGGCGGCCCCGGCUACCCGGCCACCAAAGAGGUCUCGGAUAUUGGACUCGGCACGAACGGCUACACGGGUGAUGAGAUAAAGCGACGGUUCGAUAUCAUCGGCCUUGACCCCAGGGGCGUUGGACUCAGCACCCGUGUUCAAUGCGACAUUGAUCUCUGGAACCGGCGAAUGUCCCUGUUCCCAACCGACGAGGCAUCAUUUCGCCGCAUGGUUCAGUUUUAUCAAGAAGUGAGCGCAAACUGCCGGAAUCUGACUGGUCCUCUCAUGGAUCAUCUCGAUACGAUCCAGGUUGUCAAGGACCUAGAGGCGGUACGUGUUGCGCUUGGGAACGAAAAGAUGAACUGGCUGGGCAUGUCAUAUGGUACCAUGAUCGGCACCCAGUAUGCAUACCUAUACCCCAAGAACAUCCGCUCCAUGAUUCUCGACAGUAACCUCCAGCACUACCAGGACGAAGCUUCCAUGCUGCUAAGCGAAGCGACGACCUAUGAGGCAACACUAAGGAGAUUCUUCGACUGGUGCGAGACAGCCAAUAAGACGACCUGUGUGCUGUCAGGUCAGAACAUCGCAAAAAUAUGGGAAAACCUUCUUGUCAAAGCAGCCAAGACGCCCAUCCCAGCACCUGGGUGCGGCACAAUUUGCCGGUUAAACGUGAACGCCGAGGAGAUUCGUUUCGGGGCGCAGGUUCUCUUGUUUAAUGCCUCAGCUUGGUCGACGCUCGGCUCAGCCAUUCAUAAUGCCACCAAGGGUGACGGGACUGCCCUGUCCACGUACCUCGCGACGGGGGAUGCUUUGAGUGACUCAAUGCUCUUCGGCUUCUUAGCGACGAUUUGCAAUGACUUUCCCCCGGAGGAGAAGUCAUUUGCGGAUCUCCGGGCCAAGCAGAUUGAAGCUGCUAUAUUCGCUCCCUUGACUAGAGGCGCAUCCGCCACCUACAUGGUCCAGAGUGGUUGUAUCGGUUGGAAACACCGAAACAGAAAUCCGCCAAAGAUGGUUAAAACUAGGGGAACCCCGAAGAUUCUUGUUGUGAAUGGGAUAUACGAUCCCUCUACGUCAUACGCUUGGGCCAUGGGAGUGUCGAGACAGUUUGGUGAGUCUGGUGUGUUGUUGACUAGGAACGGCGCAGGGCAUAUUUCGUACCAUAUUGGAGGAGAGACAUCUCGAGCCAUGGAUAGAUAUCUGGUGAAUCUGACGGUGCCGGCACGUGGGACUGUUCUUAACUCGUAG